AUAUGUCCACCACAUUUCUUCUGCUCACCACCAUUGAUCUCACUAUCUCUUUUUUAUUUAUUUCUCUUCUCCUUCCAAAACUUUUUUGCUCAGCAGCAGUAACUCCUUGGCCCCAAAACCCAUCUGUCUCUGAAUCUGGCUGGGAAAGAAAGUAGUAAUAACGUCAAUUAUUAUUUCCUCUUCCCUUAUUCGUCUCUCCUUCAUAAAAAACCAUUAUUAAUCAAUGGUAUAAUGUGUGUCCAUAUAUAUAAAUAUAAAAUAUUCAUGAGAGCAUUGAAGAAGGUUGAGUGAGAGAAAAAAAAAAACAAUAAAAGAGUUUUUUACAGGCAUGGCUUCACGUGACAUCUUCAUCGACCAAGAACUUCGAGAAAAGAUACUCUCAAAGUGAGAGAGAGAGUUCUCACAUGUUCAUUAAUACUCCUCCUCAUGCUCACAACCAGACCAUUUCCCUUCCUCCGCCAUUGAUGACCCUCCCUCACACCUUCUUCUCCUUCUCUCUAGUCUCUUCCAGUUUCAUAGUAAAGCUCCAUCCUUUCUUUCCUUUUCCUUUUCCUUCGAUCGAGAUGCUUUAACAAAUGGGGCAGAUCUGAAAAGCGACUAAUAAUGGAAAGUGACGACUAAUAGGUUGUCUUUUUAUGGAAACUCGAUUCGACCAGUAUAUUUAAUUUCUGAUUCUUUCUUGAUUCCAUUCACUGUCGUUAGUCAUGGUCUCUUCUUCUCCUCCAUCCACAUUGUUCCUACUCUUUGCUUCUACACUAUUCCUCUGUUUACUUUCUCCGGCGAGAUCCAGCGACGUUGACUCUCUACUCGCGUUGAAAUCCUCAAUCGAUCCAUCAAACUCGAUUCCAUGGCGAGGAACAGAUCUCUGCAGCUGGGAAGGCGUCAAGGAAUGUCUCAACGGAAGAGUCUCGAAGCUCGUUAUCGAGUAUCUAAACCUCACCGGUUCACUCGACUCGAGGACCUUAAACCAAUUGGACCAGCUUAGGGUUCUCAGUUUCAAAUCAAACUCACUCUCCGGUUCAAUCCCUAACCUCUCCGGUUUAGUAAAUCUCAAAUCGGUUUACCUCAACGGCAACAACUUUUCCGGCUCCUUCCCGGAGUCUCUCACCUCGCUUCACCGAUUGAAAACUAUAAACCUCUCCGGGAAUAGAUUAUCCGGCAAGAUCCCGACCUCGCUCCUCCGUCUCUCGCGGCUGUACACUUUCGACGUUCAGGACAAUCUCUUCGCCGGUUCGAUUCCUCCUCUUAACCAGACGAGUCUCAGAUUCUUCAACGUCUCCAACAACAAAUUCUCCGGCCAAAUCCCGCCGACGCGAGGGUUGAAGCAGUUCGACGAGUCAUCGUUCGCCGGAAACGCCGAUCUCUGCGGCGAUCAGAUUCGGAUCCCGUGCGGAACGUCGCCUGCGCCGUCGGCGAAACCAGCGCCUAUAUCGAAGAAGAAGAACAACGCGAAACUAAUCGGAAUCAUCGCCGGAAGCGCCGCCGGUGGAGUUCUGAUCUUCAUCCUUCUCCUGACGGUUCUUAUCUUCUGCUGUUUACGGAAGAGAAAGUCUCCGGGAGAAGAUAGAAAAGGCAAAGGAAUAGCUGAAGCCGAAGGAGGAGGAGGAGGAGGAGGAGCUUCGGAGACGGAGAGGGACAUCGAGAGGAAAGACAGAGGCUUCUCAUGGGAGAGAAGCGAGGAAGGAGCGGUGGGGACUCUCGUUUUCCUCGGAGCAAGCGAUUCAGGCGAGACGACGGUGGUGAGAUACACCAUGGAGGAUCUGCUCAAAGCUUCGGCGGAGACUUUGGGGAGAGGGACGUUGGGGAGCACGUACAAGGCUGUGAUGGAGUCUGGGUUCAUAGUCACUGUGAAGAGGCUCAAGAACGCGAGGUAUCCUCGCAUGGAGGAGUUCAAGAGACACGUUGAGAUCCUUGGACAGCUCAGACACCCUAACCUCGUCUCUCUCAGAGCUUACUUCCAGGCUAAAGAAGAACGCUUGCUUGUUUAUGAUUACUUCCCCAAUGGCAGUCUCUUCACUCUUAUCCACGGAACUCGAGCUUCUGGAAAUGGGAAGCCUCUUCACUGGACUUCAUGUCUUAAAAUAGCUGAGGACUUAGCCUCAGCUCUGCUCUACAUACAUCAGAACCCUGGCCUAACUCAUGGGAACUUGAAGUCCUCCAAUGUCCUAUUAGGUCCUGAUUUCGAGUCCUGCCUCACGGACUACGGCCUCAGCACUCUCCAUGACCCCGACUCGGCCGAAGAAACGAGCGCGGUAUCUCUCUUUUACAAAGCACCAGAGUGUAGAGACCCGCGGAGAGCCUCUACGCAGCCUGCUGAUGUCUACAGCUUCGGGGUCCUUCUCCUCGAGCUUUUAACGGGUAGAACACCGUUCCAGGACCUUGUUCAAGAAUACGGGUCGGAUAUCUCUAGGUGGGUGCGUGCGGUGAGGGAAGAAGAGACUGAAUCAGGCGAGGAACCGACUUCUUCGGGGAACGAAGCAUCAGAGGAGAAGCUUCAGGCGCUUUUGAGUAUCGCAAAUGUUUGCGUGGCUAUUCAACCGGAAAACAGGCCUGUGAUGAGAGAGGUGUUGAAGAUGGUGAGGGAUGCAAGAGCCGAAGCGCCGUUCUCGUCUAACAGUAGCGAACAUUCACCUGGGAGAUGGUCUGAUACAGUUCAGAGCUUGCCAAGGGAAGAUCAAGUGAGCAUAUAGAGAACACAAUGGCUGUGCCUGCCUAGAAGAACUUUUUGUGAUUCUUGAAGUAGGGUUCAUAGUGUAAAGCUUCUUUCCUUUUGUCAUUUUGAUUCAUCGACUUGUAGGACUUGCAUGAGAUCUGUUGAUUUUAUUAAAUUUAAGA